AUGACUUCUGGAUCGGACCCUUUUGUUGAGGCGUUGGUCUCCUGGAUUCGUUCUCUGGGACCUUUUGUUCUCGCGGCUUCCGUUUGUGCCGCUAUCCAUUGCCUCAUCCAUGGCCGUGUUCAUCAACGGACCAUCGUUCAGCAUGAACAAGCGAUGGCGGAAGCGGCCAUUAGUGCUGCGCAGCCUUUGGAUCUUCGGCCCGUGAUUUUUGAUAAAGUCCAACGAAGAUUCAGAAGGGUCACAACGAGAGAUCUCGCGGAUCCAGAGAACGACAGGACUAUUUCUGGUGUGAUUCCUUUGGAGUCGGGGCACAGGGCUUCAGAAACACCAUCUGUCGCAGAUUCCGGUCAUGUGAGCCUUCUGGAGUCGACCGAAGUGUCCGUGGAUCUUCCAGAUUUCUCGACUUUUUUGAGUUUCACAGACGAAUUCGAAGCAAACGAUCAAGCUAAAGAGAUUCAAGAUGACUUCAGUUGGUGUUCUCCUCUCCUUUUCUAACCUCAUUUUUGUAAUCUUAUUUUUCUUUCUAACAUUGUAAUUUCAGGCCGUAACUUGCUGAACAAGAAAGAAGCGCCCCCAUCGACGAUCAAGGAGUCGAGUGAAUCCAGCCAGACCAUCGACGACAACGAUGGUGAUAAAGGUGAUUUUUAAGCGUCCGCGAUGCCGUGUGUGAGCGCGCUUUUUAAUUACGACUUCUGGACUACUAACGAGAUUGUUUUUGUUUACCUGAUUGCCGUGUGCUUGUUAAUCCCUUCUUCUCAUAUUCUCCGGCUUUAAUUCCUUUUUAUAUUUAUCUGUUUUCCCCGUGUUUGGAAACCGUUUUUCGAGGGGCACGGUGAUGCAAACUUUACGCCAAAAUCUCUCGUAUAAAAUGUCCCCCGUCGAAGGAUGGCGUCACCGGUGCCCCGUUUUUGGAGUAAUUUGUGGUUAUGGUGCAAUAUAGCGUCGAUCUCGGUCUCUGAGUGUCAUUUCCCGUUUCCUUUCUUCUGUAGCCGAAUGUACGGACAUGUCCAUUUUUACAACAUAAUCUGAUUACACAUAGUCUUUUGAUAUCAAUAAAUCGAAAUGUACGGCAAAACGAUUAUUUUUGGUCCCGUUUUCCUACUGUAUUUUCUUUUCCAUUCAUCGAUCUGUCAGUACAUUCGGUGGCUAUUUUACUUUGUGUUUGGUUAGCAGUAGAUGGACAAUAUAGCUAGAGUAAAAGCGGAUGUUCCCAACGUCUCGACUUACUGUAGCUGUUCGUAUUGUCCGCAAGGAGCACUUUUUCGUCUAUUGCGCACCUCUUUUUCUAUUCUGUAACAAGUUUGACGUUAAUUGAUGGUUAAUUGCACGGUCCCUCGAGGUGUCUGAGUGAGGGACCCUUCGGCCAAUUUUGCUUACUUUUCUCCAUUCUGCAGCUGGUUCUUCUUCGACCUUCUUAAAGCACGAAAACACGGUGGUCCGAGUGGACACAACGACUGGACUGCCCAAAAACAAUGUGGUCAACUGUGUCAACUCGACCGUGCCCGCCUCGCCCACCCCCGCCACCGCCACACCGCGCCAGGCCAACAGCUUGCCAGGUGAGCUUAUCCCAACGUCUUCUUUCCAUCUGCACCAUCCUCACGCUAGCGAGAUUCCGGCGUCGUUCCCUCUCUUUCUCUGCCUCCCUCGCCAUUCCCUGUGUUCUCUUCUCUCUUCCCUCUCAAUUUAAUUUGGUGCAAAUCUCUCUUCCGUCCAGGAAUGGAAGGUAUUGUUGGAGGAUAAUGGUUCCUUUUCCCGCCUAGUUUAGUUCUAUCAGCUUUCUCUUCAUCUUUAAUAUGAGUUUCACCUCAGGUGAUAUUCAAAUUAAACUAACCCCUUCAUUCUUGUACACACGGCAGUCUCAAGAGUUUGUUUGUUUACAAAUAACAACAAGAGGCACGUUUGGCCUCUCUUCGGGGGUUAAGGUGUGUGGGAGACAGCUUCGUGAUAAGAAUGUAAACAAGUCAUUCCAUCUGCCAGUGGACUUGGGCCGGCGUUCGGCCGCCAUUAUUCAACAGGCUUUGUCAUCCGACUUCAGAAUCCGUGUGAUUACUCAUUCUUUGGACCCUUUGCGUUGCCAAAUAUCCCGAGAAACGCUUCGUUUCCCGGCCUUGAUGUGCCCCCUCUCUGCACAUGCUACCCUUGUUUUUUACAUUUUUCGUCUCGGGAUAAUAAAGAAUGAAACCCGGGAAGAAGGUGGCGGAUGUAAACGAGUCAAGGAAGGCCGGGGUUCGUUUCUGAUUCGAAAACGUAAGCCUGUUCGGCGCCGUUCUGGCCCUCAGGGGAUGAGCAAAGGCCAUUAUUUCAAGCCCCUUCGGUUUCGCCCCGUCGUUUGACUCAGGGCUGGAAAGGAGCAAUCGAAGAGGGAAGGGGAGGAGGUUGUGUAUUUUGUUUUGUUUUUAUUUGUUCCAUGCUAUUCAUCUCAAUUUUGGUCUUAAGAAGUAAAGAACUUUUUUAGUACUACGUUUACCUUUUGCAAAGUAAGCCCGGCGUACAGAACGCGUGAUUUUUGAUUCACAUUUAAAUUCCGAAUGUUCUGCUAAUUGCGGAUUUACUUUAGUUGAGCGUUUCCUCUAGAGAAUACGAACGUCUAGAGUGUUCUAAGGGUAGAACCAAAUGUACGAUCCAGUGUUCAAAUCUCCCCUACCCCAUCUGUCACCCCACUCACACCUGGUAAAUGGGAAGAGAACAAGUCAAUCGGAUCCGGGUAGAAGUAAUCCCUCAAAUCUUGUCUCCCUCUGAUCUCGCAUUUGCUUCGGCUUCUUGCUUUUUGUUGCCUCUCGGUUUGGCCAGCCUAAUUUGUCCCUUUACAGCCAUUUCCUGAGUUCAGUAACUCUCCCAACUUCUGAUUUUCUCGCCUGCUUAAAAUUACUUUCGCCUAAAUUCUUAACAUUACUUUCUGCUUUCCCUCUCUUUCUCUGCAUCCUCCCGACUUUCGCCCUCUCUCGGCGGCUAAAUUAAUCCAAUUCCAGUGCAAAAACAAGAGAUUGUCCGAGUGACUCAGCAACUUCUGGAUGCCAUAUCAUGUAAAGACUUUGAUGCGUACUCGUAAGUGUUGCUUCCCCCUUUACAUCUAGUUUUAGACGCCUCUGUGAUCCGUCCAUGACGUGCUUCGAGCCGGAGACUUUGGGGAAUCUGAUCGAGGGAAUGGACUUCCAUCGGUUUUAUUUCGAUACCAGUAAGUAAUUAGCUUUGCUGUUUCUGCUAUUUUCAAAAAUCGGAAACAAAAAGGAACACUUUUUUAUGUUGGAAUCAAGAGUCAUCAAAUUUUAUUUCUUCCGGAAGGAAUGCCUCUCGCUUGUUGCUUAAGUUAUUAAGAGAUUUACAGCUGUUCCAGGGACUCCAUCCGGACCCACCAAGGCGGUGAAUAAUGCGUUUGGUGCGAAUCAGCUCAAUUCCCAGAUCCACACGACGCUUCUGAAUCCGAAUGUCCAUCUGAUGGGUGAUGAUGGCGCCUGCAUUGCCUAUGUGAGGCUGACACAAUACGUCGAUAAGUAUGUUGUUGUAUUAUCUCUAUAGUCUAUAGCAAGAGAGUGUAACGGGAAAAAUAUUUACAAAGGCAAUUACUAAAACAAUCCAGUUUCACAAUUACAGAUACGGUGAGGCCCGCACGCGACAGGCCCAGGAGACACGGGUAUGGCACAAAAGGAACCGGGGAUGGGUUUGCGUCCACUUCCACCGCAGCGGGGACCCUCCCCCGCCACGUCAGACCAGCUUCCAGUAG